AUGGCUUCCAGCAAGGCAGCUGUUGCUUCUGGCGCAGAUCAUGCUCAAACAACUCGUCGUCGUAAUGUACCAUCAUCCAAUGGUAGUCUUGUAGACACGGUGGAGAUAGACGACAAGAAGACACAACUCAAGAAGCAGGGAAAGCAUUCUAUAGUGCAGUUCCUCGAUGAGUGGGAGUUCUUAAUUGCUCCGUUGAUUUUCACAAUAUUCGCAUUCUUCACUAGAUUAUACAAGAUAGGUCUUUCACCUAUUGUUACUUGGGAUGAAGCCCAUUUUGGAAAAUUUGGAUCUCACUACCUCAAACGCGAAUUCUACUUCGAUGUCCACCCUCCUCUCGGAAAGAUGUUGGUUGGCCUCUCCGGAUAUCUCGCAGGUUACAACGGCACUUUUGAAUUUAAGUCUGGGGACCAAUACCCCGAGGAAAUUAAUUACACCUUUAUGCGUGCCUUCAACGCCUUCUUCGGUGCCGUCACGAUUCCUUUGGCUUACUUUACUGCUCGCGAAUUGAACUUCAAGAGACCGGCUGUAUGGUUCGUUACAUUGAUGGUUCUCUGCGAAAACUCCUACACCACCAUCAGUCGCUUCAUUCUCCUGGAUUCUAUGCUUUUAUGCUUUACAUUCACCACAGUUCUCUGCUGGGCUAGGUUCCACAAUCUUCAGAACCAAAGUUGGACCGUGGAAUGGCUCGUCUGGCUUUUCUUGACUGGUUUAAGUAUUGGAUGUGUUUGCAGUGUGAAAAUGGUCGGCCUCUUCUGCACAGCCAUGGUUGGAAUUUACACAAUUGAAGAUUUAUGGAACAAGUUUGGUAAUACCAAAAUGCCAAAGGUCGAGCUUGCGGCGCAUCUUGGUAUCAGAGUCCUUACCCUGAUCGUCAUUCCCGUACUCGUUUACAUGUUAUCUUUUGCUAUCCACUUCUACGUCUUGGAAAACAGCGGGCCCGGUGAUGCUCAAAUGAGCUCCUUAUUCCAGGCCAAUUUGAGAGGAACUGAAGUUGGAAAAGAUAGUCCGCUUGAAAUUGCAUAUGGAUCUCGAGCUACGAUCAAGAAUAUGGGAUACGGCGGUGGUCUUCUUCAUUCCCACGUUCAGACCUAUCCUGAAGGAUCCAAUCAGCAACAAAUUACUUGCUACCACCACAAAGAUGCUAACAACGAGUGGUGGUUCUACCCUAAUCGUUCUCAACCAGAAUUUGACCCAGAGGCACCGCUUAGAUAUGUUGCCAAUGGCGAUGUUCUACGUCUCGUUCAUUCACAAACUGGCCGCAACCUUCACUCACAUGAUGUAUCGGCACCUAUUACUAAGGCGGACAAGGAAGUCUCUUGUUAUGGAAAUACCACUGUUGGUGAUGACAAAGAUCACUGGACCAUGGAAGUGGUUAAGGAUGUUUCGUCAAAUGACCGAAGCAAAAUUAGGACCUUGACUACUGCUUUCCGACUCAAGCACACUUCUUUAGGAUGUUACUUGCGAGCUGGCAAUGUUAACUUACCACAAUGGGGUUUCAAGCAAAUUGAAGUCACUUGUACCAAAGAUAAUAAUCCCAAGGAUGUUUACACUCAUUGGAACGUGGAAGCUCACUGGAACGAGAAAUUGCCUGCUGCUGAUGCUGGAGCUUAUAAGUCUCCCUUCAUUCACGACUUUAUUCAUCUGAACGUUGCCAUGAUGACCUCGAACAAUGCACUUGUCCCAGAUCCCGACAAGCAGGAUGACCUAGCUUCUUAUUUCUGGCAAUGGCCAAUCCUUAAUGUAGGAUUAAGAAUGUGUGGAUGGGAUGACAAUAUAGUCAAAUAUUUCCUUCUGGGGAAUCCUCUCGUAUACUGGGGCUCCACCGCCUCUCUUGGUGUCCUCGGUGUCCUCGUUCUCUGGUACCUCAUCAGAUGGCAGCGUGGAUACGGCGAGCUCAGCCAGACGGACAUUGAUCAAAUUCAUUAUGCUGGACUGUACCCAGUUCUCGGAUGGGUCCUUCACUACCUACCAUUUGUCGCCAUGGCUCGUGUCACUUACGUUCAUCAUUACUAUCCAGCACUUUAUUUCGCCAUCUUGACUUUUGGCUUCUGCUCGGAUUGGAUGCUGAGAAACCAGGCUAAGACUUUGCAAUAUGCUAUCUAUGGUGUUUUAUAUGGCUUGACGAUUGCGCUUUAUAUCUUCUUUAUUCCUAUCUCCUGGGGUAUGUCGGGACCUAAUCAACAAUAUUCUAGAUUAAAGUGGUUCGACAGCUGGAGAGUUACGGAUUAA